AUGGGUGGCUUAAGUGUUUUUCCGGCAGCUCGACAAAGGUUCUGUCAAAUAUCAGAACGAUCUGCCAAGAGGAAAAACAAGGGGGAGAAGGAUGAACUGAGCACGAAAUUGCUGGGUUUUGGAGGAGGUGCUUCAUUUAUAGCCGCUGGAAGCUCCUCCUUCCCAAGAACCCCUCUUGGCCCUUUCUCUCAGCUGUCUCAGUGGGAGACUCCCAUUCUCAGCUAUUUCCCUUUUUCUUUCCUUCCUCCUUUCAUGGCUAGAUCUGAUGAAGGAAAGAAAAUAGGUAUACAUGCUGGUUUGAAGGGUGCCUCUCCUCCUGGUAGCCUGCGCAUUAAAAUCCUUUAG